ACAUCGUACCUAUCUCGCUCGGCCAUUCCCCACCGCUCAGUCCUCCUCUCUCUCGUUCCCCAUCCCCAUCUUCUGUCGAUUCUGGCGCACCGCCGGCUCCCUUCUCCCCCACCAUGGCCACACAACGUCGGGUCGCUCCUCCUCCAUGGCCGCGAGACCACCUCCCGUGAGAUGUGCUUCUUCACCGGCAGGCAAUUCUUCUCCGCCCAUGCCCUGCUGCCUCUGUCGCCAGAUCCGCCAUCGAGGAAAGAUGGAGCAGUGUGGCUGCCUCAUCGCCAUGGUGGGGAUGGUGAAAGGAUGCUGGGCGUCCACGAACAACGAGCAUCACCACCACCACCACUGGAACAGCUCGGUGGUGGCCAGAUCUAGAGUCCAGUGAGGAGUCAAGAGCUCCUCCUCAUCUUCCCCGUUUGUCUUCUUCAAAGAGUAUAGGUAGCAGAGAUUCCUCUCCUUGUUUUUUCUUAAGCAAGAUUUUUAUUCUUCUCUCAAUCUUUCAAGAUACAUCUGGUUUCGUGUGUGAUAGUAGCUUCUAUCCGAUGUAUUUUUCUUCCAGCACACUUAGGAAUAUGGAUUGAUCUUAUUUUGUUUCCUCCAUUGCAGUUUUCAGCAAUUGACUGCACUCGUUUUGCCCCUCUCCAGUCUCCAUACUCAGGAAUUUUUUUAUUGAUCUGAAUGUGUAUCUUAUAAUUCUUACCUGAAUUUAAUGGAAGAAACGAGGAUCUACUGCUAUCUCUGAACUGUUUGGUUACUGUAAUUAUUAUUGCCUUGGUUUUGUACACGAAACAUACUAACCUAGUUUGGGAAUUUUUCUAACAAUACAUGAAUAUUUUCAGAAGAACUUUAUCAAAAAAAUCCAAAGGACUUAAUAAUAAAUGAAUCAAAUAGAAUAUUUGUACUGAACUUUACAAAAGAAACUCAAAGGACUUUCUAAGAUAUGAAGAACUUAUCUCGUUAAUUUUAUAAAGUCCUUUGGAUUGUCUCAAUCAAGUUCUUGGAUGGUCAACAUAAAGUUCAGUUGAAAAACUAAUGAACUUCUCAAUAAAAAUCAGAAGAACUUUUGAGAAAACCACCAGAUUCUGUAAUAGUUACUUUGUAUUUUGUAAAGUUCUGUGGGAUUUCCAAUAGAGUUCUCUACACUCAUCUAAAAAAUUCUUUGGUAUUAUCCAGUAGUUAAUUUCAUUAGUUUUUUCUGACAAUAAUUUCGGUAUUUUUUCUAUAAUCAUUUGUCACAUUUAGUUGAACACAUGAUUAUCGUUCAUUACGCAUUUAAUUUAACGGUCAAUUAGCCUUAAAAGCCCUUCUGUCUCUCGCGCAGAUGUAGUUUAAAAUUAGAAUUGUGCAGUACUAGACCCAACCCACACCACUCCGAUUCCUUGUGCCUGUCUGUGUGGGCCAGUCUGUGUGGGCCAGUCUGGUAUCUGCAAUACGGGAGAGAGAAUGUCACAAGAAAACUGAUGUACGCUAGAAUACAACGAAUCUUUGUGGGACCUGACUGCAUGCUGAUUUGACGUGCAUGCUAGAUGUCUGGAAGAGAUAUGAGUUGCGCGCAAAAUGUGUUGGGAAAAAUCCAGGUCCCAAAACAAGCUACUUUGAUCUGUUUCCUCAAAGAAGAAGAAAAGAUCAACCUGAUCUGCAAACUGCGAAGCCUCUCCAAACUUUCUUCGGGGUUAAGUACCACCGAUUUAUUUCUAGUAGGUGUGAAUCCCCCUGCGUAGAUCAAGAAAGAGGAAACAAAAAGCUCAUCGCCCUUCUGCUGCUCAGAAAGCUUGGCGUGUCCCGCGCGGCCGGCAAGGACGCUCUCAAGUCACGAACUGCCUGCUGGACCCAUCGUGCGGACUCUUGCUGCAGAGACUUCACGAGCCGGUCAUCCUUCGCCUUGGUCUGAUCACUGCUUGAUCGCAUGCAAUGGAAGCUUCCAACGUGCACCAUCUUCUCACUUUCCAGGCGACGACUCUGGCAUUGACCGUCGACCAUUCUUCCGGCGGCCGACCGGGACUGGCACCAAAGCGCGCCUACCUUAAGCGACCAGCCAUCGCCAAUUCGCCAUUGCUACCUAAGUUAGCCACAGCUCCCUCGCAGUCGCCGCCAAGACGAUCGCGUGGGACUGCGAGAGCCGGAGCAACCGAGCGCGCGCGGCGGCGAGAUGGCGGCGUCGCAGGAGUACAUGGACAAGGCGCUGCUCCGGCGGAGCUACCGCAACGUCUGGCAUACCGACCUCACCAACGCCAUCCAGGCGGAUUUCCCAUACUGCUGUCUGUCGCUGUGGUGCGGCCCAUGCGUCUCCUACAUGCUCCGCAGGCGUGCUCUCUACCACGACAUGUCGAGAUAUGUGUGCUGCGCCGGGUACAUGCCAUGCAGCGGCAGGUGCGGCGAGAGCAAAUGCCCAGAACUAUGCCUCGCAACAGAGGCGUUCCUCUGCUUCGGCAGCUCGGUUGCUUCGACCAGGUUCCUGCUGCAGGACGAGUUCAACAUCCAGACGACCCAGUGCGACAACUGCAUCAUCAGCUCCAUGUUCUGCCUCCAGCAGCUGGCCUGCAUCUGCUCCCUGGUCGCCUGCAUCGUAGGCAACCAGGAGCUCUCCGAGGCUUCGCAGGCGAUCUCCUGCGUCUCUGACACGGUCUACUGGACGGUUUGCUCCUGUAUGCAGACGCAGCACAAGGUGGAGAUGGACAAGAGGGACGGCAAGCUGGGCGGGGCUGUGAUGACGGUCCCUCCGAUGCAGCAGAUGUCGCGCAUCGAUCAGCCGAUGCCGCCUCAGGUCGGGUAUGCGCCGCAGCCAGCGUCCUACAGGUAGUUCUGUGGGAUCUUGGGCUGCCGUUGCGAGUGGGAAAUGGAUGGAGAUCAAGUAGCUGAUAUUAUGUUCCUGUUUGUAUGCCAUUGUGACUUGAUUUUUUUUGAGAGGCAUUGUGACUUGAUUUAUGAGUGUGUAAACUGUCCUCCUGUUAUAGUAGGCGAAUUUUGAGGCUUGGGGUCA